UGGUAUAUAAGGAACGAAGUCCCGCUGUAGUUUGAGUUCAUCAGACACAGCAUCAUCUCAGCACAGCAUAGCAAGCACAUCUACCAUCUACACAUUUCCGCAUCUCUGCAUAUCUACACACCUACAACACAUUCAUCCUCCGCCCUAUCAUCACACCAUGUCCACCCACGUCGCCAUCAUCGGCGCCGGCCUCUCCGGCCUAGCCCUGGCCCUCUCCCUGCACCAGCAACGCAUCCCCUGCACCAUCUACGAGGCACGCUCCGCUCCGCUCAACAUCGGCGGAGCCAUCAUGCUCUCCCCCAACGCCCUCCGCAUCCUCGACACCCUGGGCGUCUACAGCCGGAUCCGCCCGGAAGCCUACUCCUUCGACAACCUCUACUUCCGCUCCCCGGCCGACACCCCCCUGGACACAUACGAGUUCGGCAACGCCGCCAAAUACGGCUACAGCGGGAUGCGCAUCUACCGCCACGUGCUGAUCCGGGAACUCUCCGCGAUGGUCUCCGAAGCCGGGAUCCCGAUCCACUACCACAAGAAAUUCAGCCGAGUCAUCACAGAAACCGAAUCGAACAUAACCUGGGAAUUCGAAGACGGGACCACCUCCACCGCUACCUGUCUCGUCGGCGCCGAUGGCAUCCACUCCAAAGUCCGCAAAUACCUGUACCCAGACCUCGAACCCAAAUUCAUGAACGCCAUGGCCGUCACCGCCGCGGUGCCUACAUCCCAACUGGCCAUCCCGGAGGGGUAUAACAUCCCCGUAACAAUCAUGAACAAAACCCACGGGGCGUUCGUCAUCGCGCCCCAACUCCGCGACGGGUCCGAGGUGCUCAUCGGACGGCAAAAACGGUCCGCCCAACUCGACCGGGAGGGAUGGACCAAGCUGAUGAACGACAAGGACUGGUGCGUCGAGUUCCUGCGCGAAGGGGCGGACGAGUUCCCCGAGAUAGUGCAGCGGGCUGUAUCGAACAUCUCUGCGGAGAAAAUCAACCUGUGGCCGUUUUAUAUGGUCCCCAAGUUGGAGAAGUGGAGUUCGGAGCAUUGCCGAGUGGUUAUUCUGGGGGAUGCGGCGCAUGCGAUUCCGCCGUCGGCGGGGCAGGGUAUUAAUCAGGCGUUCGAGGAUGUGUUUACGUAUGCGUUGGUUUUGGCGAGGUGUCAGGGACAGAAGGGCGGGUUGGAGAGGGGGUUGAAGGUUUGGCAGAGGGGGAGGCAGGAGAGGGUGGAUAGGGUGUUGGCGUUGAAUGCGCAGAUUGAUAAGAGGAGGAUGCCGAGGCCUGCUGGGGAGGAUGAUGGGGAAAAGGAGGAGGAGGAGAAGGGGUUUGAGUUGGGGUGGUUGUAUAAGCCGGAUUUUGAGGCUAUGGUGGAGGAGUGGUUGUCGAGGGAAUGA